AUGAGGUUUGUAGAUGACCGCCCAGGAAAGUCAAAACAAGCAUCUACACACCUGAGGCCAAGCAAAGACAAAAAGAGCCACAACACACCUGGGGCCAAAGUCAAACCAAGCCACAACACACCUGGGGCCAAAGACAAACCAAGCCACAACACACCUGAGGCCAAAGACAAACCAAGCCACAACACACCUGGGGCCAAAGUCAAACCAAGCCACAACACACCUGGGGCCAAAGACAAACCAAGCCACAACACACCUGGGGCCAAAGUCAAACCAAGCCACAACACACCUGAGGCCAAAGUCAAAACAAGCCACAACACACCUGGGGCCAAAGUCAAACCAAGCCACAACACACCGGAGGCCAAAGUCAAACAAAGCCACAACACACCUGGUGCCAAAGACAAACCAAGCCACAACACACCUGAGACCAAAGAGAAACCAAGCCACAACACACCUGAGGCCAAAGACAAACCAAGUCAAAACACACCUGAGGCCAAAGAGAAACAAAGCCACAACACACCUGAGGCCAAAGAGAAACCAAGCCACAACACACCUGGGACCAAAGACAAACCAAGCCACAACACACCUGGGGCCAAAGUCAAACCAAGUCACAACACACCUGGGACCAAAGACAAACCAAGCCACAACACACCUGGGGCCAAAGACAAACCAAGCCACAACACACCUGAUGCCAAAGACAAACCAAGCCAUAACACACCUGGGACCAAAGAGAAACCAAGCCACAACACACCUGAGGCCAAAGACAAACCAAGCCACAACACACCUGAGGCCAAAGACAAACCAAGCCACAACACACCUGGGGCCAAAGACAAACCAAGCCACAACACACUUGGGACCAAAGAGAAACCAAGCCACAACACACCUGAGACCAAAGAGAAAUCAAGCCACAACACACCUGGGGCCAAAGACAAACCAAGUCACAACACACCUGGGGCCAAAGUCAAACCAAGCCACAACACACCUGGGGCCAAAGAGAAACCAAGCCACAACACACCUGGGGCCAAAGAGAAACCAAGUCACAACACACCUGGGGCCAAAGUCAAACCAAGCCACAACACACCUGGGGUCAAAGACAAACCAAGUCACAACACACCUGGGGCCAAAGUCAAACCAAGCCACAACACACCUGGGGCCAAAGAGAAACCAAGCCACAACACACCUGGGGCCAAAGAGAAACCAAGUCACAACACACCUGGGGCCAAACCACAACACACCUGA